CAGGAUUCCAGUACAAAAAUCCGGUAUGGACCAAUGAGAAGGCCCUGCAGGGAAGGCGCAGCAAUUGAUUUUUAUCGUGGGGCUUGCUGGGUUGCCAUCCGCAGGGCCCCCAUCCAACGCCUAAUUGGGGCUCCGAAUGCUUCGCUUUAGAAUUGGAUGCAUCGAACAAGUGAAACUCUUUAUCUAAUUCCAGCUCGGAAAUGAGCUGAUGAUGAUGAUGAUGAUGAUGAUGAUGAUGAUGUGAUUUAGGAAGAUUUAAGGGUUGUUUUCAAUGCAAAGCCUCCAUUAGCGGCUGAAGGCGAGUUGCGGUUCGGAACUGGUAAAAAAAUUGAUGUCGCAGGAGAAUUGCAACCCUCACAGCGGCAACGUGGCGAAGAGUCCAUCGGAGGCAGACCUCGGCGUAGUCCUCGUCUGCAAAAAGGCCCCAAUUAAAAGCAAGUCGUAGCUUUCACAGUGCGUGCGCGUCAGCGUCGUCUCCUCGGGCCCCCUUCAACCGAUCUAUCACUUUGGGGAGCGCAGCAUCUCUAUCCCCUCAUUUUCCCCCCGCCGCGCGCCAGUAGGCUCUCUCUUCGCUUCGGACUCUUAUAUGUGUGACAAGUGUGCCAAAAACUGUGCCUAGGAUACCCCCACAUGCUGUGUUGCCUAUUGCCGAACGACUGAUUAUCCACGGCCUUUACAACACUCCAAAACACCGCAACAACUACCUCGAAGCCUCUAUUUGGUAGGGACAGUUCCAAAUCUAAGGAGGCUCCCAAUUUGAGGACAAUAAUCGGCAGUACAAAUACAGACACUGAAUAUCCAGGACACGCGAUUGGUUGGCACUUGAUCAUGUCAUGCCUAUAGGAAGCUUCCUGCCUCUUCCGGUCAACCCCGACAGCACAUUCCCCUUUCCAGCCCUUAAUGAGUACAAGAAGGAAAGUGGCCCUGGAACUGAUCGCAACAUGAGCGGUCAUGGACUCAUGGCAGGCCAGGCCAUGUUUUCUCCCUUUGACACCGACGAUUUCCCCCCAGAGCCGCCCGCGCCAUCAGCCAUCCCGGUUGGGCACGUCGAUAUGGACCACACGGCCACCAUGCUAACAAAUGUCCCCAUUCAUCGCACCGACCUAUCGGAUGCCACCACCAAAUAUGCGGCCGAAAUCAAGAAGGAAUCAGACGUCAAAUUCGAGACGUUGCGGUCCUUCGAGCAGGACAGUCUGUUGGAGAUGGACUCGCAUAUGAGUGGGGAUCAUUCGAUCGGCUCGGAAGACCUUGGGGAGCUGCAUCGAUCCAACCUGAUGAGCUCUGAGUACAAUCCGCCGCUGCAAACGGGGAUGCACAACAGGAUAGAAGUGAGCGAGUGUGGGGAUAAUGGCGAUCUAUCGGGGCUGAAAACAAACGGCCACAGUGAGCACCAAAGCGCGCGAGCUCAUAGCGGAGGUGGCCCGAAGACCUGGACGCAAGACGACAUGGACAUGGCACUCGACGCGUUGAAGAACCACAACAUGAGCCUGACGAAGGCGUCAGCCACCUAUGGGAUCCCGUCAACGACUCUUUGGCAACGCGCCCACCGACUGGGGAUCGACACGCCCAAAAAGGAGGGCCCCACUAAGUCCUGGACGGAAGAGAACCUCAACAACGCCUUGGAGGCCCUGCGCACGGGCACCAUUUCGGCCAAUAAGGCCAGCAAAGCUUAUGGCAUCCCGAGCAGCACUCUGUACAAAAUAGCGAGACGAGAAGGUAUAAGACUGGCCGCGCCUUUCAACGCAGCACCCACCACGUGGACGCCCGAAGACUUGGAAAAGGCGCUGGAGUCCAUACGAACAGGUCAAACGUCCGUCCAAAAGGCUUCCACCGAGUUCGGGAUCCCAACGGGGACGUUGUAUGGGAGGUGCAAACGAGAGGGCAUCGAACUUUCCCGAUCCAAUCCUACUCCCUGGUCGGAGGACGCUAUGGGGGAGGCUCUGGAAGCAGUCAGAUUAGGCCACAUGUCCAUCAAUCAAGCAGCCAUCCACUACAACUUGCCUUAUUCGUCGCUAUAUGGUAGAUUUAAGCGGGGGAUUAAGUACGACUCAGACAACAUAGAGGGGUUGUUUGGGCAGAUCCAGCAGGAGAACGCGCAGCCCCAGCACAUGGACCUGCACAGUUUCGCCGGCUUAGAGUACAGCAAUGGGCAGCAAAUCCAAUACCAGAACCAGCCGAACAGCUGAGACCCGAUCACGGACUUUGGCUGCUUCUAGAAGAGACUUUCCGUUUAUGUUGCCGCAUUUAGUUUAGGGAGUUUAGAGGGUUUUUGAUGCGACCGGAACGAUCGAUUGUGAGGACACAUUCUGGCGUUUGAGUCAGACAGUGUGACGAAGACUCAAUCUUUGUCGGACACAAUAACUGACUAAUCCUGUACAGGGGCAAAACCUGACUAUCGAUUGUUCUGGUACCGCUCUGACUAGAGAAGUUAGGAAGUUGAGCUGAUAUUCAAAAUUGUGGGCGGAAAAGCUUGAACAAUCGAGAAUAGCCGUUCAAAAGACCGCUCAAUUGUUCGACAAGUUUGCGCUACAAAGCUUUAGGCUGUAACCAAGGACGUAAUUACAAAUUAGGGCUCCUCACGUUCAAACCAUAGGAAAUAAAAAAUCGACCCCCACGUUUAAGCUUAAUUUUUAUUAAAGAAAUGUUAACGAUUGUGGGACGUUUAUGUGACUAGUGUUAAGGGGGGCGAGUAUUUGACUAUUGAAUCGCUAUUAAAUUGUUAUCCAGACGAAAAAAUUCUGCGUGGUGUAUCUCAGCCACACUGGAAGUUCGGAGGCUUAAUAUCGCAUACAACCCCCAGUUUCUUCGUUUGAUAAUGGAUAGGAGAAAGUGCAAUAAGCUAAUAUUUCUAUAGGAGUGACGGAGCCAGUGUACAGAACUAUUAUUUAGCUUUUGGCUCAGAAACCACUUGGGUUGAGUUCACAACAUGAAGCUUUUAAGUUGCUACAUCGCGUAUACUUGAAAUGGAUCUAAAGCGAAAACAACUGUCUCCAAAAAGCUGAUUAUUUUUGAACAAUAAAUACAGAGAAUUAAAAUUAAA